AUGUCUCGCCGAUAUGAUUCGAGGACGACCAUCUUCUCCCCCGAAGGCCGAUUAUACCAGGUCGAAUACGCUCUCGAAGCCAUCUCGCAUGCCGGCACAGCUUUGGGUAUAUUAGCACAAGAUGGCAUAGUCCUGGCCGCAGAGCGGAAAGUCACAAGCAAACUGCUGGAGCAAGACACUUCGGCGGAGAAGCUGUAUAUCUUGAACGACAAUAUGAUCUGUGCCGUAGCAGGAAUGACUGCUGACGCCAACAUCCUCAUCAACUUCGCUCGACAAGCCGCUCAGCGGUACCUACUCACCUAUAACGAAGACAUCCCAUGCGAACAACUGGUGCGUCGCCUGUGCGACUUGAAACAGGGAUACACACAACAUGGCGGUCUACGACCUUUUGGUGUUUCAUUCAUCUACGCCGGCUGGGAUCCUCAACGGCAGUUUCAGCUCUACCAAAGCAAUCCUUCAGGCAACUAUGGUGGAUGGAAGGCUACGAGUGUGGGUGCAAACAAUGCCAGUGCGCAGAGUCUGUUGAAGCAAGAUUACAAGGAGGAGUGCGACUUGAAGGAGGCAUGUGGCAUGGCGGUGAAGGUGUUGAGCAAGACGAUGGACUCGACGAAAUUGAGCAGUGAGAAAAUCGAGUUUGCUACCGUGGGAAAGACCAAAGAUGGCAAGAUAUACCACCAUCUCUGGUCCGGUGACGAAAUCAUGACCCUUCUUAAAGAACACGGUCUGGCUAAGGAAGAGGAACCUGAGACCGGUUAG